AUGGAAACAACCCCGAGGGAGUCGAAGCAGAUUGAUUUAUGGAUCUCGGAAUUCAUCACGUUUGGGGCUGCGACGGUUUUUAUCGGGUUACGGUUGCUGAGUCGACGUCUUACGAGGAUUGAGCUUUGGUGGGAUGAUUGGUUUGCGAUUGGCUGCUAUUCUGUAGCAAUCGCUUGGGUAGUCAUCAUUCCUAUCUGGAUCAAAGAUGCCGGACUUGGACUUCACAUCGACGACAUUCAUGGUCGCGGGACCAAGGCGGAGAUAUUGAUGCACAACAGUCUUAUUCUCUACGUCGCCGAAUUGUUCUACGCCACUGCUCUCUUCUGUGCGAAAGGAUCAAUCUUGAGCUUCUACUGGCGUAUGUUCCAAGUCAUCAACAUCAAGCUUCCCAUUCAGAUCCUGGCCUGCUGUUCAUUGAUAUGGAUUAUCAUUAGAACAUUUAUGGGCAUCUUCCAUUGUAUCCCAGUGCAGCGCUUCUGGGAUCCUUCGGCUGGGGGCUCUUGCGCUAUUGAGGACAAGAAGUUCUUUUUCGGUACUAUCCUGGUUCACGUUAUGCUCGACAUCGCAAUCAUCGCCCUGCCGACUCUCCAGGUUCGCAAGCUACAGCUACCUGUCUUUCAGAGAAUCGGCAUCAUGCUCAUGUUCCUGUUUGGUAUUGUUAUCUGCGCUUCGGCCAUGGUCAUCAUCGUUGCUUCGACUCAGUUCGAUGCCACGUCGGAAGAUCUAACCUGGAACUUGGUCACCAUUGUAGUCUGGGCUUCCGUUGAAGUGAAUCUCGUCACUGUGUCAACCUCCCUACCUACCGUACGUCCCGCCAUCCUAUACCUCUUCACAUGUACCAAACCAACAUCAACCAUCGGCUCCGGCUCCAACAGCUACGGCCGCAGUCAGACCAAGAACACGAUCCGACUUUCAACUCUUCCCAACAACAAAGACAACGACGAGUCAAGUUCCACUCAUCAACUUGCCGAUUCAGAUCAAGGUGGUCGUGGUUCAUUGUCUGACUUUGGGAGUCACGCUAUGGAUCGAUACCGAGGAAAUCUGUCAACAGUCACUGGCCGCGCCCAUGAUCACGGGUCGGAGGAAUUCAACACUGGCUCUCCAUUUGGUGGAAUCAUGGUUAAGAACGAGACGACUGUUCGUAUUUCGACGGCCAGGCAGUAA